UACAGCCUAUAUUUUUAACAUACUUAUUUUAUGAUUAAUAAUUACUACUUGUUCUUGAUGCAUUAUUUGUGGAUGACAUACAUUCUUAAGCAAUAGGCUUGACGCUAUAGGAGAGUUUCUCUAUUUUAUGUAAGUAAGUAAAUUUGGUAAGCUAACACUUGCCAUUCAACAAUAGCUUAAUAACUAACAUAUUUAACUAUAAGCCUAUAACUAAGUCGGUAUGAAGACCGGAGAGGAUCAAGUUGUAGAAGAGGUUGCCUCUUUCGACGAUGAUGAGGAGUCCUUUUUUCAAGACAUAGACCUUCUGCAGAAACAUGGAAUUAACAUGGCCGACAUUAAGAAGAUGAAGGCCGUGGGUAUUUGUACGGUGAAGGGCAUCCAGAUGACCACUCGUAGAGCUCUCUGUAACAUCAAGGGGCUGUCAGAGGCCAAGGUGGAAAAAAUCAAAGAGGCUGCUGGUAAAAUGCUGACAACUGGUUUCCAGACUGCGUUUGAGUACAGCACCAAGAGGAAGCAAGUGUUCCACAUCAGCACUGGGAGCCAGGAGUUUGAUAAACUUCUGGGUGGAGGUAUAGAGAGCAUGGCCAUCACAGAAGCUUUUGGGGAAUUCCGUACAGGGAAAACCCAGCUUUCCCACACUCUUUGUGUGACGUCUCAGCUGCCUGGGGAGGACGGCUACAUGGGUGGGAAGGUCAUCUUCAUUGACACAGAAAACACUUUUCGCCCGGAUAGACUGAAGGAUAUUGCUGACCGAUUUAAUGUGGACCAUGAUGCCGUCCUGGACAAUGUGCUUUAUGCUCGUGCCUAUACCAGUGAACACCAGAUGGAGCUGUUGGACUUUGUUGCAGCCAAAUUCCACGAGGAAGGGGGAGUCUUCAAACUGUUGAUCAUUGACUCCAUCAUGGCUCUGUUCAGGGUGGACUUCUCCGGACGUGGAGAGCUGGCCGAGCGACAGCAGAAGCUGGCCCAGAUGCUCUCCAGACUGCAAAAGAUCUCUGAAGAGUACAAUGUUGCAGUGUUCGUGACCAAUCAAAUGACAGCUGAUCCAGGUGCAUCAAUGUCGUUUCAGGCUGAUCCCAAGAAACCUAUCGGAGGACAUAUCCUUGCCCACGCCUCCACCACUCGGAUAAGCCUGAGGAAAGGAAGGGGGGAAUUGAGAAUUGCCAAGAUAUUUGACAGUCCCGACAUGCCUGAGAAUGAGGCUACUUUUGCCAUCACCCCUGGAGGAGUUAGUGAUGCCAAAGAGUGAAAGUGUUGGCAUGACUCAACGGAUACUGAAUACAAUGACAGUGCUGUUUCAAAUAUUUAGGGAAUUAUUAUAUUGUUUUUGACUGUUGUAUUUGGAUGUUGGGUGAAAAUAUAGAAAGGUAUAUUUAUGAUGUUUGCUGUAUGAUAUAAAGAAGGAUAUAUAAAAAAUCUGAAAA